UUUUUCUAUUCCCAUGGCUAACCUGUCCCAGUGCCUGGAAGAUGCCCCCCUGGGCUGCCGCCUACCUGCAGCUCCCCCUGACCUCUACAGCGAGGCCCAGCGCUUGGCCCUUGAGGAGCUGGUGUCUGGGGGCCCCGGGGCCCUGCGGGGAUUCCUGCAGAAGGAGAGGGUCCCUGGUUUUCUGUCCGAGCCAGAGAUCGGGGAGAUCAUGAGCUGUGUCGCCUCCCUGCAGUGCCCGGAAGACGAGGGCUCGGUGUCCGGCACGGCAGAUUGUUCUUCGGUCACUUACUUCCCCGAGCUCUCGGACGUGGAGCCGCCUCUCCUAGAGCUGGGCUGGCCGGCUUUCAACACCGGAUCGUACCGUGGGGCCACCCGCGUGGAGACGCACUUCCAGCCCAGCUUCGGGGAGACCAUCUACAGCUGCAAGGAGGCGGUCCGGGCCCUGAUCCGAGCUGCCCGGGAGGUGAUCGCGGUAGUUAUGGACUCCUUCACGGACAAUGACCUCUUCCGAGACAUGCAUGAGGCUAGUAGGAAACGCAAGGUCCCGGUCUAUAUCCUCGUGGACCACAUGCAACUCCCACAUUUCCUGAAAAUGUGCCAAAAUCUGGGAGUUUCUCUGGAAACAGAACAGCUAAUGCGAGUCCGAACCUUAACCGGCAACAAUUACUAUACUCGAUCUGGUGCCAAGAUUGUUGGUAAGGCCCGAGAGAAAUUCCUCCUUGUUGACGGGCUGAAGGUGGCCACAGGAAGUUACAGUUUCACCUGGAUGGAUGGAAAGUUAAACAGUAGUAAUCUACUAGUUCUGAGUGGCCAAGCGGUGGAGAAUUUUGACCUUCAGUUCAGGAUCCUUUAUGCCCAGUCCAAGCCAGUGAACAUAAAGUCGCUCUCUAUUCCGAGAAACCGCACUGUCUCUCAGCUGUUGUGCAACUUGCCAACUCAUCGAAAGCCAACUGUGAGUAACUUGGUGCAAAUGGAGCUGGCCAAGCUGUCUAGUACUCCAAAGAAAAUGAAUAUUGGUGCCACAGAUGCCUUGGGGAAGGAGGUUGCUGCUGUGGACAACUUGAGGGCUGCAGAAGAUGACUGGAUGGAGAGCUGUGACAUAAUCUCUGGCCUUAAGGAGACAGAGAAUGUGGCCACUCAGACGGAGCCAUGGGAAGCCAUUGCGAGUGUUAAAGGAACGGAUGCAGCCACUCAGACCAGUGUCUAUAGGGCAAGUGCUAUGACACAAACAUAUAUGCCAGCCAGGGUGGCUUCUACCCAAACCGUUAAAUUCUCAAGAGAGAUGACCACACAAACAACAGAACCCUCAGUAGCAAGUCAAGGUCAGAAUGUAUCUCAUCAUUCUACAGCAACUAGAUUGUCAACAGACUCCUCCACCUCUUCAUCAUCCUCUUCGUCUGUUUCUAGUAUGAGCACUGGCUCAAAUUGCUCCAUAAGAUCAUCUGGCACAAUUGUCAGUAACCUGAACCACACUCAAUACCCACUCAGGGACUGCUUUAAGAAACUCACUAAAGACCGCCAAUAUCAUUACUCCACCAUCCGAUCCAAGUUGGACCAUAUGGUUACCAUACUGUCCAGGAAAAACCGCUUCGGUAGUAGUUACCUGGGCUGUGAGCCAACUGGCUAUGGCUUUCAGAGGAGAGAUGUGAUGCACAGUAGCCUUCUCAAUCUCCGUGAUGGAACACGCUUUGCUCCAAACAUCUAAAAGCAGAAAGCAGAAGAAGCCUAGAAAAUUGACUAUACUUUUUGGGCAGCAGUCGAUUUUUGAGCUCAAAAUGAGGAAAUAGUUUGGUGAAACUCCUCAAGGGCCUUUCAAAGUCUACUGAAACUCUGCUGUUUUCAUGGCACUUUACUUCUAAUGUCAAAUACCCUCUGGGGUUCACUACUCUUGUGAUCUAGAUUAAAUCUUUCAUUUUAGUAUGACACUAGCUUCUGUACACUAUCAGUACCAUCAGAAAUGCUCCCACAAACACACUAUUUUCCCUAAAGCAUUAAAAAUGUGAAGCCUGGUCUUUGAGCCGAGUUAUGCCGACAUCAGCAGGUAUGACAAAUUCUGAACCCCCCCGAGGCAAGAAGGGACAAGUUCAGACUACCUUCCAUUAAAGCUGUGGAUAGAACGAGCGAUAUGACUUUAUUUUGUCACCUGCUUUGUAAUGCUUCAGGUUAACCUUCUGUGUAUUUAUAACUCUAAGAAAUAUUGCCAUUGCAGUGCCUGACUGAGAUUUUUAACCCCCCCCCCAUUUUUAAUACAGACUGUAUAAUAUUUGCUCCUUUCCUACUUGUCAAAAACACUUAUUUUUGUGAAAUCUUAGAAUUGUGAUGCUUCGUGUUUGUCUUUACGUACUGUAUGCCGUUAAGCGUCCCUUUUUUUAUAUAUAUAUAUAAAAGUGCUACGUUUCCGAAUA